UCAGUUUUCUUCCGAAAAGUUAAAUUUAAAUGAUUAAACCGAUUAAACUACUUGGAGCUUUGUAACAUGGACGAAUUGGAACAACUUGAGCACCUCUCAUUGGUGUCCAAAAUUUGCACGGAACUCGAGAACCAUCUUGGACUAAAUGAUAAGGAUCUUGCCGAGUUUAUAAUCGAUUUAGCUGACAAAAAUCCUUCUCUUGAUGGCUUCAAGAAAGUACUGGCUGAAAAUGGUGCGGAGUUUUCAGAAUCGUUCAUAUCAAACUUGCUGCGUAUCAUUCAGCUGAUGAAACCUCCAAAACAGAAGAAAGGGGGAACGCAAUAUUCAGACUUUGAGGACGAUGAUCGAGUGAAAAAUUUGGCAAUGAAGUUUCCUGGAUUGGCAAUACCCAACGCUAAAAAAGGGUAUGAAUCAGACGAGGAAAUGCCUAGAGAAGACAUCAAGGCUAAUACGAAGGAUGUUUCGCACAACGUAGUGGAUGAUAUGUUUACAGAAUUGGAAAAUAUGGCUCCAUCGUUUAGCAGAAAAGAUGAUAAAAAAUCUCGUGAACAACAAGAAGUGGAAAAUAUGUUUGCCGAAUUAGAAAGCUUAGCUCCGUCAACUUCAAAGCAAGUGGAAAGAAAAAGAGAUAGGCGCAGUCGGUCCAAAGAGCGAAGAAGAAGCCACUCCAGAGAGCGUAGAAGAAGCAAAUCAAGGGAUAGGCAUAGGAGUAGGUCUAGAGAUAGAGAUCGACGAAGGAGGUCGCGAUCGCGUCACAGAUCUCGUUCGAGAAAUAGGGAUCAAAGACGGCGUAGCAGAAGCAAAGAUCAUGAUAGGCGCUCGAAGAAAAGUCGCAGUAGAUCCCGCGAUCGUCACAAUCGACAUCGAAACCGAUCUCGAGAGUUCGAACGACGCAAGCGGACACCUCCUCCACAGUUUCCGGAUGAACCUGAACCAGGCAAAAUUUACGACGGUCGUGUUGUUAACAUUGUUGCAUUUGGUUGUUUUGUACAAUUAACUGGGUUCCGAAGAAAGAAAGAGGGCUUGGUACAUAUUUCGCAACUAUCUGCAGAAGGGCGUGUCAGCACUGUAACAGAUGUUACAAACCGCGGUGACAAUGUUAAGGUAAAGGUGAUCUCGAUAGCUGGCAGCAAAAUAUCGCUAAGUAUGAAAGACGUCGAACAAUCAACCGGCAGAGAUUUGAAUCCACUGUCACAUGCGCAUCUUCAGGAAAACAGUGACUUAAAAAGCAGAAAUCCCGAUCGUCCUACGAACGUACCAUCGAUGCUUAACUAUCAGGACAAUGUGGAUCCGAUGGAGGAAACAACAUCACGUAAAAAAGUUACUCGCAUAUCCAGUCCUGAACGAUGGGAAAUCAAACAGAUGAUUUCAUCGGGCGUGAUUGAUCGUAGUGAAAUGCCUGAUUUUGACGAGGAAACUGGUUUAUUACCAAAGGAUGAAGAUAGCGAGGCUGACAUUGAAAUAGAGAUAGUCGAAGAUGGAGCACCAUUCCUGCAGGGACACGGCAGAGCCCUGCACGAUCUAUCGCCCGUUAGAAUCGUUAAGAAUCCAGAUGGUUCUCUGGCACAAGCAGCCAUGAUGCAGACGGCUUUGGCUAAGGAGCGCAGAGAACAAAAAAUGCUUCAGCGUGAGCAGGAAAUGGAUACACCUCCAACUAAUAUGAGUAAAAAUUGGAUCGAUCCCCUACCAGACCAGGACCCGCAGGCUACAGCCGCAAAUACGAGAGGUAACGGAAUGCCCAUGCAAGACGUACCGGAAUGGAAGAAAGCCAUCAUAGGUGGAAAGAAAUCUUCCUAUGGUAAGAAAACCGACAUGAGCCUGGUAGAGCAAAGGCAAUCGCUUCCUAUCUAUAAAUUGCGUGAUGACUUGAUAAAGGCCGUUACGGAUAAUCAGAUUCUGAUAGUAAUUGGUGAAACCGGUUCUGGAAAGACUACACAAAUCACUCAAUACUUAGCGGAGUGCGGAUUCAUAGCGAGAGGUAAAAUCGGUUGUACUCAACCGCGUCGUGUAGCGGCUAUGUCGGUUGCCAAGCGAGUCGCCGAAGAGUAUGGUUGCCGUUUGGGACAGGAAGUUGGUUACACAAUUCGUUUCGAAGACUGCACCAGCCAGGAAACGGUCAUUAAAUACAUGACAGACGGUAUGUUGCUGCGUGAAUGCCUAGUGGAUUUCGAUUUGAAGUCUUACUCGGUCAUCAUGUUGGAUGAAGCUCACGAGCGUACGAUCCAUACGGAUGUGCUGUUUGGUUUGCUAAAACAGGCCGUCCAGAAGCGACCGGAACUGAAGCUGAUUGUAACUUCGGCUACGCUGGAUGCGGUUAAGUUUUCGCAGUAUUUCUUUGAGGCACCUAUUUUCACCAUUCCCGGGCGAACAUUUCCGGUUGAGAUUUUGUACACUAAGGAACCGGAGACGGAUUACCUGGAUGCAGCUCUUAUAACGGUAAUGCAAAUUCAUUUGCGUGAACCAUCCGGCGACGUUCUGCUGUUCCUUACUGGUCAGGAAGAAAUCGACACGGCUUGUGAGAUUCUAUACGAGCGAAUGAAAUCACUGGGUCCCGAUGUUCCGGAGUUGAUCAUUCUUCCUGUGUAUUCUGCGCUGCCAUCGGAAAUGCAAACCCGAAUCUUUGAUCCCGCUCCUCCGGGAAGCCGUAAAGUUGUAAUUGCCACCAACAUAGCGGAAACAUCCCUCACGAUCGAUGGUAUAUAUUAUGUGGUAGAUCCAGGAUUUGUUAAGCAAAAAGUGUAUAACUCAAAAACUGGAAUGGAUUCUCUUGUUGUCACACCAAUUUCGCAAGCUGCUGCCAAACAAAGAGCUGGUAGGGCCGGACGAACAGGUCCCGGUAAAGCGUACCGAUUGUACACGGAACGAGCUUAUCGAGAUGAAAUGCUUCCAACGCCGGUUCCGGAGAUUCAGCGUACCAAUUUGGCCACAACAGUGCUUCAGCUUAAAACAAUGGGAAUUAACGAUUUGCUACAUUUUGACUUUAUGGAUGCUCCACCGGUCGAAUCGCUGGUGAUGGCCUUAGAGCUAUUGCACUCUUUAUCUGCAUUAGAUAACGAAGGACUGCUGACACGAUUAGGUCGUCGCAUGGCAGAAUUUCCUCUGGAACCAAACUUAUCGAAAAUGCUCAUUAUGUCGGUUGCACUUCACUGUUCAGAUGAAAUUUUGACGAUCGUAUCGAUGUUGUCCGUUCAAAAUGUGUUCUACCGUCCGAAAGAUAAACAAGCCUUGGCUGAUCAGAAAAAAGCCAAAUUUAAUCAAAUUGAGGGAGACCACUUGACAUUACUAGCCGUUUAUAAUAGUUGGAAAAACAACAAGUUUUCGAACGCUUGGUGCUAUGAGAAUUUUAUCCAGAUAAGAAAUCUAAAGCGAGCUCAGGAUGUGCGGAAGCAAUUACUUGGUAUCAUGGAUAGACACAAGUUGGACGUGGUAUCUGCAGGCAAGAAUACGGUGCGUGUCCAGAAAACUAUUUGUUCAGGCUUCUUCCGGAACGCUGCCAAGAAAGAUCCCCAGGAAGGCUACCGAACGCUUGUUGAUUCACAGGUCGUGUACAUUCACCCUUCCAGUGCGCUGUUUAAUCGGCAACCAGAAUGGGUUGUUUAUCACGAGCUGGUCCAAACCACAAAGGAAUACAUGCGGGAGGUGACAACGAUCGAUCCAAAAUGGUUGGUUGAGUUUGCUCCGGCCUUUUUCCGAUUCUCCGACCCGACUAAGCUGAGCAAGUUCAAGAAAAACCAACGACUGGAGCCGCUCUACAACAAGUACGAAGAACCAAACGCAUGGCGAAUCAGCCGAACACGAAGGCGACGGAAUUAAUCGAACAAAAGAUCUACUGUUCCUAUAUAAUAGUACCUUUAUUCAGCUUCAGCUUACAUUUAUUUGUACGCGCACUAUCUGUCAGUCUACUGAAAAAUCGGCACUGAUCCAACAAAUACAGA